GUCACUGGUGUAGAAACCAGUCUCCUCUAUUCAAUAACUUAUUUAGUGUUGUAGUUUUUAGGUUUUUGUUUUGGAGGCGGAGUGGAGCAUCUCUCUCUCAUCACAGGACUGCGACAGAUGCGCAGCUGCUUCUAGCGGUUUUGUGGAAAUAGAUAAAAAAAGAUAAUUCAAAGGAAAAGUGCAUCUGAAAACACACGAGGUAUUUUAUAGUCGUUGAAUCGGCGUCAGGAUGAAGGUUGUUGUUUUUAAAUCACAGCUCGUCUGUUGGGAUGUCGUCAUCUGAAAGUGCUGCGUCACAUGAAGUCUGUGCAGCCUCAUCCCCACCACCAGGGGCCGAAUCCCUGAGGCUCGUCCUGCUGGGGAGGACGGGAACAGGCCGGAGUUCCUCGGGCAACACCAUCCUGGGCAGGUCGGCUUUCUGGGCCGACGUGUCCCCCUCUUCUGUGACCACACAAUGCAAGAAGGAGACUGGGACAGUGCACGGGCGCAGCGUGUCUGUGAUCGACACCCCGGGGUUCCUCCACACACGGCUCCCCCCUCAGGAGGUCAUGGCGGAGGUGGGGCGCUGUGUCGUCCUGUCCUCCCCGGGACCCCAUGCCUUCUUAGUCACCCUGCAGCCCAGCAGGUUCACAAAAGAGGAGAGGGACACCCUGGAGUGGAUCAAGGCCACGUUUGGUCCUGAGGUCUGCAGGUUCACCGUGGUGCUGUUCACCGGGGGAGACCAGCUGCAGGGCAGACACAUCGGGGACUUCCUGAAGGAGAGCAGGGAGCUGCUGGAGUUUGUCAGCAGCUGCCGUGGAGGGUACCAUGUCUUCGAUAACAGGGACAAGACAACAGAGUCCCCACAGUUGGAGCAGCUGCUGAAGAAGGUGGAGAAGAUGCUGGAGAACAAUGGAGGCGGGUGCUACAGCAACGUGAUGUUUAGGGAGGCCGAGAAGGUGAUCAAGGACGCACAACAGAGGAUUCUGGGAGGACAACAACUGGGGUCCCCUCAGAAGUUUGCGGAGGUCAAAGAGGAGCAGGGACUAGAGUUAGAGAGGAGGAGGAGGAGGGAGGAGGAAGAGGCCAGGAAGAGGGAGGAGGGACUUUUCUGGUGCGAGCUGGUGACUGCGGUGGGGAAGGGAGCCGCAGAGGGGGCAGGGAUCAUGGGGGAGGACGAGGGGAAAGGGAAAGUUGUGAAGAAGGUGAAGGUGAUGGAGAGGGCAGCGGCUCUGGCAGCGUCGCCGCUCUCCAUCACCUCUGCUGCCAAGGUGGUGGGGGGGGCCGUGAGGGAGGGAAGCAAGGUGUUGUACAAGCACCGGAAAACGUUCCUGCACUGAGGGAAACU